GAAGAAGAAGAAGAAGAAGAAGAAGAAGAAGAACAACAACAACAACUCCACCCUAUGUCGUCUAUAACCACAGCAUUAACUGUCAGAGCCUGCUGAGUAGGAGUCACCAGGUUCUAUAGACUCGGAGGAGACUGCGGUUCACGACAAAAGAAAAUACACAACUUGGCGCACGAGUAGGGUUAUAGAGCAAGUUGGUUACAGCUGGCUAGCCGCAGCAUCAGUAACUUAUAAAACACUUCAAAAAGAAAAGAUCACAAAACCGAAACUGAGAGGAAUCAUGUUUGAAAACUUCAGAGAAAGACUUCACAUCGUCCAGCAGGAUUUCACCACGGGCUUCAAGACCCUUGGAGACCCCAAAGUCAGGAGGAGACCCAGGUUUGAAGAAAGCCUUCCUCAUUUUAGUGCUGGACUGGAAAUCCUCAGCAGGUAUGAGGAGAGUUGGUUUCCGCUCCAUAAAAGAACUAAAGACUGUGCUCAGGCUGCAGAGGCAGUAGAUGGGGAAAUAGUGAUGCUCUCAGCACACUGGGAGAGGAGAAGAACGGUUCUGACACAGCUGCAGGAACAACUGCAAAGCUUUCCGGCCUUUAUCAGUGAACUUGAUGCCAUCACUGCUAACAUAGCUCAUUUGGAAGGCGAGUUUGAGGAGAUGGAGUGCAGACUGGCAUAUCUGGAGACUCUGUGUUGUCAGUGUGAACAGCAGACAUUCAAAAAACAUCAUAUCAACCAACUCGAAGUCUACAAGAAAAAGAAGAGGAAAGAGGUGGAGGCGCUGAAAGUGGAACUAAAUUCUGAGCAUGCUCAGAAAGUGGCAGAGCUGGAGCAAGCCAUGCAACAGAAACUGAGAGAACGACAGAAAGUAUAUGAAGAAGCCUUUAACCAAGACAUGAAGCAAUACCUGUCCACUGGAUACCUACAGCACAGAGAGCCGACAGAAGCUAAUGUGUGUGUUCUGGAUCAGAUGACACUAACUAACAUAUCAGACCAGGAGGCUUUGGAUGACUUCCUGAACUCCACUGGCGAUGACAUCAGUACAGGAUCAUCACUGACCUCAGGUCCAGACCUUGAAUCUUACUCUUCUGAAUCUUUGAGAAGCCAAAUGAACCAAGCCCCUCCCACAAACAACCAACCAUCCAACCAGGAUGCAGUAUGGGAGCAAGAAGAGGAAGUGGCCAGUGAGGAGAGUGAUGAGCCUCUGGUGCAGUCAGAUGAGGAGGACAUUCAACCAGAUAUGUCAUUGGUUGGCCUGCAGGAUGUUGGCACAAUGAGGGGCUCUGAUGAGAGUGAUCCUGCAGGGGACCUGCCCUCUGGAUAACCUAGCAACCAGGCCCUUGAAUCUCCUUGAAUACUGGGUAAAUGCAAACUAUUGUUACCCCUCAAAAACAUCCCACUGGUGCCCUCUGUUUUGACUUGACACAGCUCCUAUCUCCAGUCAACAUGAGCCAGCACUUUAGUGCUUAUUUCCUCUGAUGUCAGAAACAGCUUUUUUUCAAAUUUGAUAUGAAAACCUGCCUUUAACACAAGUGCUGAAUUUUCGUGUGAUCUGUCAGUAAUGCUAACUGAGACAUGGUUGAUUCACUGUUUACCCAAUUUAAAUGGUUUAGUCCAUAAUCAUUGAUAGAAAACCUUCUCCAUGCAGAGGGACAAAUCAAAUCUAAAUAUAGUGCUUGACACAUAUCCUUUGGUAUAAAGCAUCUUAGUCUAACUGGGAAUAUGACAGUUGCCAUAGUGUCAAGAAGUUAUUUUAGUUGUCUAAAGCCUAAAUCUGGCUGUAUAACACCACUGCAUUCACAAGCUACAGUAACUUCAAAUCUAUAUGUAAUAAAUACUGUAUAUAGGAAGUUACCUUAUUUAAAUGCUGACUGUUAAAGUCCUAAAGAUUUAGAUGUACAUUGUUUUUCCCUUUGUGCUUACCAAUUUGCAAAAAGCAGUUAGUACAGCUAUAAUACCGUCUGGGGAAACAGAUCCAGUGACUGACCCCAUACUGUAGAUAGAACAGCUGGUGCCACUGUCCACCAUUUGCAGUGGAGCAGUCUGGAUGUACUGGUCAGCCUUAAACUAAACAAAAAACGAGCUGUACUGUCCAACUUCAAAUCUAGAUAAGAAAUAGGGAACAACAGCUUUCCCUUCUUCUGACAGAUCUCCAAACUGGCAGUCAACAAUUCUUUAGGCUGGUGAUAUUCUAUAUUUUUCUUAUUGUAAACAAAUCUCAUGAAAAUGACAAUGAAUUGAUCCUAAUAACAAGUAUUUUCUGUUUAUCCAAAGCCUGAUAUAGCUUAUUCCUCUGCUCAUCUCUUCACAAAACAACUCCAUGUUAAAAAAUAAUGCAAGGGGCUGAAUUGUUUUCAUGUAUGUAGAGGAUGAAAUACAAAAACAUUGGUUUGAGUAAUAGAUAAAGUCUGAAGGCUUAUCAGACACCACAACACUGCACAGCUGUUUAUAAUACUAUGAGACAGGAUUUUACAAUUUUGGAAAGUUAUCAUAGGGAUAGUUAUUUUAUACUCCAUUGUGACGAAUGCCAGGUAAACAGUAGAAUACCCUGUUCCCGUUACAAGGCUAGGACAGGGUAGGCAAGUCAGGAAAGACAAACAAACACAUUGAUGGUUUUGGUCUUUUCAUGGGAUUUGUUGACAAGAAGACACCAGACAGAUCCUUUAACAUUUCUGUAUUGUAUUUUAUUUAAACAUGACUAUCAGCACAAAGGUUUUGUUUGACAAUUAGAUUAACAAGUCUAUUUUUGUCUUCUUACCCAUUCAAUAAAAAUAUCAGUCUGUCUGUA